AUGGCAAGCCGCGAAGAUGCUCCAGACAGAGAGAAUUCGUCUGGACCUCUCUCCCUUGUUCCACGGAAUCGAUCACUCUCCGCUCCUCCUCCUCGUUAUGCGCCUAAGAUCAUUCAUGAUGGCAAAGGUGGAUUCGGUGUCAUCAACGAGAAUGUAAGACCCGGUCCGAUUGCGUUGAGAGCCUUCCCGCCCCCUAACAAUGCGGCCUACGAAAAUGCUCUCAAAGGCCACGGUAUCAAGCAUAUCGACCAUGCUAAGGUCCAGGCGAAGAAUUACCCUAAGUUUGUCUCACAAACCACCAUUAGGCGGUCUGAACACAUUGUGCUCGGCGAACAGAAUAGGAAGACGGUCGUCGGCCAUGCGAAGAGCCGCAAGCCUGCACAUGAGCUGCUGCUGUCAAUUACCGAGGCCGUCGAGGAUACUUCGUCCACUUCUGACUCCAGCACUAUACUCACUCCCAGCUCAAGCACUGAGGCGAAUGAGAAGACUGAAGAGAAGGCUGGAGAGGAGGCUAAGAAUCCCAACCUACAUAUGGAGCCCCACAGUGAGGGAGAGAAGCUGGCCCGUACCAUCAACUUUCAGCGGACCCCAUGGGUUACGACAACUCCAGGAGUCAGUGGUGAGAUCUAUACAGCCGAAGAGCAGCGCAAGGACUUUGUCGACAAUGUCAACAAGUCUGGUAGCCAACUUGGGUACUGCAGUAAAUGCAUGAAGAGACACAUCCCUCCUGGACCUCCAAUUACACUUGCUGAUCGCGACACUUGCGGCGCAGAUCUCCCAGAAUGGUUCCCAAGCCAUCUAGUGGAUAAGCCUUGGGAUACAUUCACGGCAAUGAUGAAUGAGCUAAUUGAGUUGGAGGAGCUAACCGCCGACCCUAUUAAAGGGGACCCCAACAAGCCUCCGUGGGAUUUUGAGUAUCAUGAUGCCGACGAAAAAUGGGCAGCGGUGGGACGUCGAGAGGGUUGGUGGAAGUGCCGGAGCGGUCCUGAGGCGCCAAUGGUAGAGCAGACGUGCACCCUAUGCCAUAGCAUGACGAGAGAAAAGGUUCCCACUGCUGGCGAGACACGCAAGGCGCUUGAGGAUCGAAAGAAGUUUCUUCAGGACUUCAUCGAUUCACAGUCCCGGGCCGUUGGAGAGAGGGAUAAGGAGAUCGCUCUGGAGCUCAUGCGCACUCGCGGAUUCUCCUAUUUUAGACGACUUGAGCCGACUGAUGGUGAAGUCCCUCCAGACGACUCGGAUUCGGGCAAGUCUAUCGUUUGUAGCGAGUCCUCUUCCAUCAGUACCUUCUUCCUCUGA